UCAAGUGGACCUUCAUAUCCUCAUGAUGCGGACAGACCACAAAGGCCGAAGUGCCUCUCCACACAGGAUUUUAUAUGAGUCUGACUUCCGCACCAUUAAAUGUUCAUUUGACAGUGGGAGCAACCUAAAGCGUGGCUCCACGGCUGCCUCCUCCCGGUGUUCUAUUGUGCACCAUUCAGGUCUACCAACCAGCCUCUCCGAUUCCCUUGUGACCCUCCACAGCAGUGGCCGAGGGAGAGCCAACAGCACCAGAGGAACUAAAAUUAGGGACAACAUCUUCUUCCAAAUGGACAGCCAAAAACAGCUAAGACAAAUAAGUGACUCGGGGCAGUGUGGUUCUAGCACCACGGCUUUUCUUUCUCCUCAGAAUCCUAACAUUCAACUCCAAACGUCUCAAAUUCCCACCACCAGACCUCUCUUCAUUGGCUCCGCCUGCAGCAUGUCCACGCCUGAAACCUUCUUACAAGAUAAACCGGGCAGAUCAGAGGAGAUAAAGGACAUAGACAGGGCUGCUCUUGCGCAAAAGUUCUCGGUGACCAGGAAAUUGUUUGAGACCAAAGCUGAGAGUGGAGGACAAGUGUCAAAAUGUUCUCGAAGCAAAGAUGAAAAGGAUAACGUGGGUGAAGACAAAGGCACAAAAGAACACGUCAUAAAUAUCCUCUUACCUACUACAACGACAAGCCUUAAAUCUCUUACAUCAGAUGCCCUCAGUGGGGAAUCAAUUAAAUCUCCUUCCAGCCCUGAGGAGCAUGGACAGACCCCAGCGGGUGAAUCCAAGGAAGUGGAGGCCAAUAAUACGGCUCUUGACUCGAGCUUGACCCCUGAGGAGCCACUCAGGGCAGAGCUUGUCCAUGUGGAUUCAUCGGAGAGUGAUGAUGGUGAGGAUAAAGAAAAAAAGAGGGGUGCUUUUAUUUUUAAUGCAUCAUUUGAAGAGCUGGCGGAUGAUGUUUUUGAAGAUCCCAUUUUGGAAAUGUCAAAUACUUGCUUGAUGGAACUCAUCGCGAGAGACUGUAGCUUCAUUGCAGACAAGUACGAGCAGGUGAACGAACAAUGUUGGGAGGAGCCGAGCCGACGUACUGACAAGCCAAGAGAGGAGCGCUGGGACAUGGGUGAAGUUUUGCAAGAAAAUGCAGACAAAGAGAUUGUUAAGAAGACGUGUACGGAAAGUGAAGUUGAAAAGAAAGCUUGGGUGACACCUGAGAUGCAGGAAUGUGCCAAUGCGGUGCCACAGGAAAGCGGGAGAGAAGAAGAAAGCAGCGAGGGACGAGUUGACAUCAACGGAAGCAACAAAAUGCUUCAUUGCGGGAUGAAAAACCGAAAUUCAAAGCAGGAAUUCUGUGCGGAGCGUGUGGAGAACUCUCUCCACCCAGGCAACGGGCUUUCAUUAGAAUAUGAAGAAAUUCCUGGCAUUCCUAAACUGUCUGACCAGGAUGACGAUGGCACAAAGAAAAAAGUCCGUUUUUCCUCAGCACCAAUUAAGGUUUACACCACUUACUGCAACGGAGAGUACAAUAGACGCAAUGACGAUAUCGACCCCGUGGCCGCAUCGGCCGAGUAUGAGCUGGAGAAGAGAGUUGACAAGAUGGAUGUUUUCGAAGUGGAAAUUCAAAAGGAAGAUGAUGGACUGGGCAUUAGCAUCAUCGGAAUGGGGGUAGGAGCAGACCAGGGGCUGGAGAAACUCGGUAUUUUUGUCAAAACGGUCACUGAAGGUGGAGCAACACAUAAGGAUGGAAGGAUUCACGUGAAUGAUCAGAUUGUGGAGGUGGACGGUGUGAGUUUGGUGGGAGUGUCGCAACUGUUUGCAGCCACAGUGCUCAAAAAUACUUCAGGCCUGGUCAAGUUUCUGAUCGGGCGAGACAAGGAGGGUGUGGAGAGCGAGGUGGCCCGGUUAGUCAACGAAAGCCUGGAAAUGGAGAAGAGCGCGAGGACGAGUGAGGAUUCAGAAACUGAUGUCGGCAUACCUGAGGAUGAAGAUGAAGAGGACAUGUCUGUACUGUCGUGUCUGGAUAAUGACCAGCUUUGUCUCAAAUACCAGAAGCUUCAAUCCAAACUGCAAAGGAGAACAGCUCAGCUUGAAAGUGCCCGAGAGAAGGUAAAGGCGUUCGAGCAGGAGAAAGCGAGAUGGGAGAGCCAGACGGCAGAGCUGCAACAAAAAGUGGAGGAUGGAGCCGACAAAGUUGACAAGCUGGAGAAGUAUUGGCAAGAGGCCCAGACACUCUGCAGGGUUGUGAGCCAGCGACUGGCCGAUGCCCAGAGCCAAUCAGACAGCCUGGAAAUCAAGUACAACAAGGCCAAGAGACUGCUCAGAGAGUACCAGAGCAGGGAGGAGGAGGCGGAUGCUAGGGAAGCGGAUUUGCGGCAAGAAAUGGAGGAGAGAGACAACAAGCACAGGGAGACUGUUGAAAGGCUUCAACUUCAGUUGGAGAGAAAAGAACCGAGGACGGCAGGGACACCUCUUGAUGUGGACUCAUCAGUCCCGGAUCCAGAGUGGUACGUCGCAAUUCCCAACACAGAGCGACUGGACUGCAGUGCGCACAUAGCUCGAGGUCAGCUGGCCCAGAAGUUCAAACGCCAUCCACCCACCCGAGAAAAACUCAGGAAGAGCUUCAAGAACGAGCAGGAGGAAGGUCAAAAGCCACAGGAGAGCCAAUCGCAGUCCGAAGGCAUCGUACAGAGGAGCAGCCAAGUUGAACUUUCCAGUUCUUCCCCUUUCUCAGUCAACAGUCCCGGCGACUCGUCUGUCUUCACGCCGCCGAUUUGCAUCACUGACACAAAUGCCGCUGUCAUCACCUCCCAUAUGAAAUCCUCCAGGAAAUCCAAAAGAAAAAUGCCUGACUUCAGUGGCCUCCGUAAGUCUCUGACCAAGCGGAAGAGUGAAAAACUGCACAGAGGGUCCAUGAACAGCAGGGCGUCUUGUGGCGACCUGGUGGACGAACCAGCUGAAGUUUCUUCAUCGGGCUCUGUGACCUCCAUGCCCUCCUGCUUGCCCUUUGGCUGGUUUGCAGAGCGAGGGAAGGAGAAAGAAAACCAGGAGGAACGGGAGAGGAAAAGAAGCACCAUCGAGAAGAUGCGCUCCCUGUCCAGCAGCAGUUUGCCUUACUUGACCACCUCCGGUAGAAAAGAUCGGAAUGUCAGCUCCGCCAUGGAUAGCUUCAGCAUGAGGGAUCACGGUUCUAAUCACUCUCUCCCCGAACACGCUAACACCUUCACCUUUGUGUCCACAGAGAGCUUAGAUGAUGACACUCUGCCGAUUAACAACAACAACAACCAGUGGCAAAGUCGACCUGUAUUGGAGUGGAGCAGCCAGCAAGUGUGUCUGUGGUUGGCGGCCGUCAACAUGGAGCAGUACACGAUUCAUUUUGCAGCCAGAGGAGUGGACGGGGCUCUGUUGCUCAGCAUGGACACUGACAAGCUCAAGGCCAUCGGCGUGUGUCAGAAUGACCGCGCGUCCCUCAAGAAGAAGCUGAAGGAGAUGAAGAAACGGGAGGAAAAAGAAGAGCGAGGAAGAGAGAAAAGGCGCAAGGAGUCAGCUAAGCAAAAUGAGAAGAAUUGUGCGAGUGAAGGUGUGGUGAUUGAGAACACAUCUGCUCUGGCGUCACGACACACCGGAAGAACGGCAAGGACCGAGUCGCUCCUCUAGAAGAACUUGACGUUCCCACCAGCACGGAUGUACGUUUGAACCAUCCCACUCACAAAAGGAUGAUUUAGAUUGGCAUUUCCUGAAGGACUUUUUUAAAAAUUAUGCAGAACACCAACAAUUUCACAUUUACAGCACUUGCGCAAAUGUUUUUAUACUUUAAAUUAUGUAUGAAUUUUAAGUCUUUUUUUUUUUUUUAAUAAAUAAUGCUUUAAACGUCCAGCGUUAACUUGAAGAUGAUUACACACGCACAUGCAUGGAUAUGGCAACUUUAAUUUAUUCUUUAAAUUUGAAUCCAUUUGCCAAUUCUACACUGCAGUCAUUGCACAAUGUGCAUUGUUGGGAGCAAUUAAAAGUCACACUUGUUAGCAUUAUAUAACUCUUUGGUCUGUCUCGAACGUAACAAAGUACCCCUUAAGUGAAUAAAUACAUAAACUCAACAAAUGAAAAAAAAUUAUAAUUCCCUUGCCCUCAAUCCCACCUGACACAAAAUGUACAAAACAUGCUCUAAAGUAAUUCAAGACCAUCAACUGAACAACAUUGUCUCAAUUUUCAUUUAAGACUAAAAAUCAUCACCUUAAGUGGACAUUUUGGAAAAAAAAAAAAUGUACAAAUGAAUAUCUUGCUAUUUACAUUCCACCAGGAUGUGUUUCGGGUUAAGAAUAA